AUGUCGACGACAACAACAACCACUUCCAUCCAUAGGCCUACUGCCUCUUCCUCUUCUCUCCGACAAGCCGCCAUCAAGAAGAACAUGUCCAUCACACAAACAUACUACCUCGCCCACAAGGCUCGGGCUAAGCUCUCUCGCGAGGCUGCCCAGCCCGAUCACGACCUUCGCCUGCUUGUCGGACACGCCAACCUUCUCGACUCUCUGAUGCUUGAGCUUGCCGACGCCGAGCGGGAACAGGAGCGAUGGUUCAACCAAUCCGUCCGAGGAGCCAGCCCUCAACAAGACCGCCACGUGCAAUGGGCCGACAACAUUGUCGAGGAGGAGGACGAGGAUGACUACGACUCCGACUCUUCUGACUCUGACGACUACGACUCUGAGGAUGAAGACAUUGAGAUGGCCAAUGCCACUCCCAUCAAGGCCAUGAGCCCUCGCAUCACCAAUGUCGAGCUUGACGAGGAUAUGGAGGAGGACGACCUCGAGGAGGACUACGCUCAGCUCGAGCUUGUCCGAACACCUUCUCACUCCAACUCACCACCCGAGCUUGUCGACCACGACUCUGACUCUUCCGACGACGACUCGAUGCCCCCUUCGCCUCCCCAGCCCAUUCUCAGCUUCAACGAGAAGGACACCAAGGAGCAGUCGCAAAAGCAACAACAAGACGAAUCCGAUUCAUUCUACGAUGAGGAGUACUACCUGCCACCUCGAAAUCCCGCGAGGCUGGUGUCGGCCAUCUCGGUCUACUAG